AUGAAUCCUUAUUCUUCUAAUUUUGAUUGUAUUAAGCAUAUUAAUACACUCUUUCCCAAUGAACAAUCACUUGUGGGCAUCGAUACUGAAAUUGAGAAGCUCCAAUCUGAGCUUACUCAACUAUAAUCCGAAUUAUAAGAGGACAUACAUGAACAUGCAGUCAUGCAAAAUAAAAUAUGGAGAGAUGUCUAAGAUGUAGAAUAACUCUCUCAAGGAAUAGUCACAGAAAUUCAAGAAAUCAAAUAGAAGGCAGAAAAAAGUGAAGACCUGGUUUAUUCAAUGUGCAAAGAUAUCAAAUCAUUAGACAUUGCAAAAAGAAAUCUGACAUUUUCAAUUGCUGCCCUUAAAAAAUUUAUUAUGAUGUUAACAGCAAUUGAAAAAUUGAAAGAACAUUGCAAAGAAAAGAAAUAUGCAGAAGUAGCUAAUCUACUCUCAGCAUUUACUGAAUUAUCACAAUAUUUUGUGAAAUUUUAAAACAUUCCAUAAAUUUUAGAGAUAACAGGAGAAAAAGAAUAACUGAUUAAGGAUUUGAAGCUAUAAUUAAUUGAUGAUUUCAUCAUGUUCUAAAAAGGCACUAAUUUAAUGCAAAUUAAAGAUCUAUAAGAUGCAUGUCAAACAGUUGAACAUCUGGGAUUGAAAUUCAGAGAUGAAUUGGUUCAGAAAGUAUGCAAAUACAUUAUAUCUCCUUAUUAAGAAUUGUUUCAAUAGAUUGAAAACAGAAGUUUGGAAACCACAGAAAGAAGGUAUGCUUGGAUGGCUAGAGUCAUUAAAGAUUUUGACACAAAAGCAUAAAAUGUAUUCCCAGAAUACUGGGCAGUACACUGUCAGAUUUAUUAUGAGUUUUGUGCUGUGACUAGGUUAUAAAUAACUGAUAUCUUGGAAACCCUUAAGGAUUUGGAUGUUGCUGUAUUAAUGAAAGCAUUACAAGCCACUCUAAAAUUCGAAUAGAAACUCAAUGAUGAAAUGAAGAAAAGAUACGAAGAAUGGCUAGGCAAAAAGAAUAGCAAUCAAUUUGCCAUCUCAGAAUUACCAAAAAUUAAAGGAGCCAUUUCUGAUAGUUUUGAACCCUAUUUACGACCUUAUAUAGAUAGUGAGGAGAAAGAGUUAAUGUAACACAUCUAAACUAUUUUAAACUCAGAUAAAUUGGAUGUUGAAGGAGACUUGAAAAUGUUGAAUUCAUCUAUGAGUAUGUUUGCCUACUUUAAAUAAAUGCUCAAAAGGGCAUCACAAUAUAGCAGAACACAGGUUAUGUUUGAUAUUUAAAAACUAAUUAAGAAGGCUUUGAAGAGGUAUUCAGAUGAGAUUACAUUCAAAAUAAAUUAGACUCGAAAUAAUGAACAAUUUUCAUAGAUCUACUGUUGUUUUGUGAUUAACACUGCUGAAUAUUGUAAAGAGACCAUCCCAGCAUUAUAGGAGAGUAUGGUAUAACAUCUCGAUUCCCCUUUUUCUGAUCAAGUAGAAUUAUCAAAUGAGGAAGAAUACUUCAAUUAAAUGAUGAACAAAUCAAUCGAGACUUUAUUAGUGUACGUUGAUUCUAAAAUAGAUUAAUUCUAUCAAUAAAUGCUAAAGAUUGAUUGGAAUGAAUUCGAGAAUAUGGGAGAUGCAUCUAAAUAUAUUAGAGACACCAUAUCCUUUUUGGAGGGACACAUUAAAAUAAUAAAAGAUUUAUUAUCAGAGUCCUAUCUAAUAUUUUAUUUGAAUAAACUUGUUGUGUAUCUGAAUAAUAAGUUUAUAAAUUCUGUUUUCAGAAUUAAAAAAAUCAGUGAGAUUGGAUUAUCCUAGUUGAUGUUGGAUGUUUCAGAAUUGAAGACAAAUUUAGUGAGAAUCUCAAAAUUGAAGUAAGAGUCUAAAUCACAAUAAUCAUUCAAUAAUUUUGUAUAGAAGACAUUGUCAAGGAGUGAUUCUAUUUUAAAAUUGAUUUAGAUGAGUAUUGAAAAAUUCGUCGAGAAUUUCCCAGAUUAUGCUAAGAAAUAUGAAUCUGCUCCUACUGAUUUAGAUAAGAUUCUAGGUCUUAAACAAUUAAGAAGACAAGAUGUUCCCUAAUUAAGUAAGUUUUUCACAAAGAUUAAUUGA